AGGGUCAUCACAGUUAGUCAUGGGUUGUCCUGGGAUUCAGAUGUGGACAUGGACACUCUGUGUCUUCUUCUGCUGGAUGCAUGUGGUUAAAGUGUUGUCUGAACCACAUUAUAUGGUGGCCAUUCCUGCAGUUCUUGAAGCUGGAGCUGAGACCAGAUUCUGUGUGAGUCUCCUGCAGCCCAACGGGACUCUGGUCAUGACUGUCACCUUGAGGUCCCAAGACAUGAACACAACUCUUCUUGAGAAGACAUCCAGUGAAAACUUUCAUGAGUGCAUUGAGUUUCAGGUUCCUUUAGUGACAAAUGAAGAGGUGCAUAACCUUCAGGUAGAGGUACAAGGAGACACAUUUUACUCAAAAAAAGUGACAAAAGUCAAGAUCAAAGUCUAUGAAGCAACAACGUUUGUCCAAACAGAUAAACCGAUCUACCUCCCUGGACAGACAGUACAUUUCAGAGUGGUCUCAUUAGACAGCAAGUUUAGACCUGCAAAUCAGCUGUACAGCAUCAUUGAACUCGAGGAUCAUCAAAACAAGAUUGGACAGUGGCUGAACAAAACUUCCAGCAGUAAAGUUUUACAGCUUUCUUACUCCUUGAACUCUGAGGCCCGUGAGGGCUUGUACAAAAUCACUGUGAAAAUGGGUACAGAUGAAGUAUAUCACAACUUCAAGGUGGAGAAGUAUGUUUUGCCCAAAUUUGAUGUGAUGCUAAAAGUCGAUGACGAAGUGAGUAUCAGCCAGGAAGAAUUUAAAGCUGAAGUAUGUGCAAAGUACACAUAUGGACAGCCUGUCGCAGGAACUGCUACAGUUGAGGUGUGUCGACCAUUUAAUGGUCAACAUAUAUACUCUAUCUCUAUUGCUGUUCCCAUCAAUCAAAAGGAGCCUGUGAAAACUGGCCUAUGUGACACAAAGACAAUACAGACAGACAAGAAUGGCUGUGGAACUUUCAUUUUCAGGAUGUCAGUCUUCACCGAUGCUGACCAAGGAAAUGUGCAUCAAAUACUGGAUGUCAGCGCCACAGUAGAAGAGGAGGGAACAGGUAUUUCACGCCCACAAGGCAAAAGAAUAAAGAUUUCAGAUGUUUUUGGAAGGCUGUCCUUUACCGACACACCACAUCUUUAUAACAGAAGCUCAAAUAUAGAAGGAAAAAUCAAAGCUGUUUAUUACAAUACUACACCCAUUCCUGACAUGCCGCUGUACCUGUCUGUGGCUCAGUUGCUGAUGAAUAUUACAACUGACAGUGAUGGUGUGGCAGUUUUCACAUUAAACACAACUACAUUUAGAGGACACAUCCAUCUUCAAGUUAGACACUCACCCAAAGAGGAGCAUCGUCUAUACAGACAGCCUUUCUAUGAGCCUGGAUUUCACACAUUAUUUAAGUCACUACCUCCUUUUUCUAAAACUAAAAAAAUCAGUUCUUUGAAGAUAAAGACAAAGAAUAAACCACUUCUCUGUGACACAGAGGAGCACAUCUCCAUCCACUAUACUCUGGUUAAAGAAGCCCAGGGCACAGUGGAUGUUAUGUUUCUGAUCCUAUCUAGAGGAGCCAUCAUCAUGCAAGGCCUAAAACAAAUUGAAGUUCAAGAUCAAACAGUAAAUGAGGGUGAGGUGUCAUUCAAGCUGAAAGUGACUCCAGACAUGGCACCAGAAUUCCAGGUUGUGGCUUAUGCUGUCCUUCCCAGCAAGCGUGUCAUUGCUCAAACGGCUGACGUUGCUACUGAGAAAUGUUUCAACAAUAAGGUAUUCCUGGAGUUUUCACCAUCCUCAGCUGUUCCUGGAGAGCAGACCAGCCUUCAUCUGGUGGCCCUGCCAGGCUCUCUGUGUGGAGUAAGCGCCAUUGAUCAGAGCGUCCUCAUCAAAGAACCAGAAAUGACUCUGAGUGCAGAGGAGAUAUUUAAUUUGCUGCCUGUAAAGAAAGCAACUUCUGUCCCUCAUGAACUUAUCGAUCCUCCAGAAUGUUUGGAUGUGAAGUGGUGGAGAUUUGUUUUUUCACACCAUGCUUCACAGAAAGAAUAUGCUGAUACAGUUUUCCAGAGUGUGGGAUUGAAAAUGAUAACAAACUUAAUCAUUAGAAACGUCCGGUGCUUUGAAUUCUUAGGUAAGAUAAACAGACAUGGUGAGCUUAUUUCUGUUUGCUGUGUCAAUCCUCGCCAAGACCUACAACCUAACUUCCAAAGAACUCCAAAUAUGGGGAUAUCUCCUCCUCCUCCACCAAUACAGACAGCUCGCACUUUCUUCCCUGAAACAUGGAUAUGGGACCUGGUGGAAGUUGGAGAGUCUGGAACAAAGAAUGUGUCCCUCACUGUCCCAGACACCAUCACCACCUGGGAGACAGAGACUUUCUGUUUGUCCCCUCAAGGUUUUGGUUUGGCUCCUCGUAAGAAACUUACCGUCUUCCAGCCCUUCUUCCUCGAGCUCACGCUGCCCUACUCUAUCGUCUGGGGGGAGAACUUUGAACUGAAGGCGACUGUCUUCAACUACCUGACCAGCUGCAUCAUGGUGAAAGUGACUGCAGCCCCCUCCUCAGAUUACACCCUCACUCCCCUCUCUGGUGAUCAGUACACAUCCUGUCUGUGUGGCAGCGAGAGUAAGACCCUUAGCUGGACCAUGAUUCCCACAGCCUUGGGGGCUGUGAAUGUGACUGUGACUGCUGAGGCUGUACCGUCCCAUGCUUCUUGUGACAAUGAGAUUGUCAGUGUCCCAGAACGAGGACGCAUUGAUGUGGUCACACGAUCUCUCAGAGUAAAGGCUGAAGGACGUGAGAUCACAAAGACAUACAACUGGCUUCUCUGUCCUGAAGGAAAUAUCUUGAAAGAGGAAAAAGAUCUUGAAAUCCCAAACAACGUGAUUGGUGGAUCUGCCCGAGCUACAGUAUCAGUGCUGGGUGACAUCCUCUGCCGGGCCCUGGAGAACCUGGAUGGACUGCUAAAGAUGCCGUAUGGAUGUGGGGAGCAGAACAUGGCUCUUCUGGCCCCUAACAUCUACAUCCUCCAUUACCUACAAAACACAAAGCAGCUGACCCCGGCCAUCAAGGAGAAGGCACUGAACUUCCUGACCAGUGGUUAUCAGAAACAGCUGAACUACAAAGAUCAUAAAGGGGCAUACAGUACUUUUGGAUCAGGACCUGGGAACACCUGGCUGACUGCUUUUGUUGUGAGGUCUUUUUACCGAGCUCAGGCUUUUAUUUAUAUUGACCCAACAAAGAUUGAACAAUCCAGGACUUGGCUGCAACAUGAGCAAAGACAAGACGGCUGUUUCAGAAAGUCAGGAGAACUCUUCAACAUUAGAAUGAAGGGUGGUGUGUCUGAUGAAGUAACACUCACUGCUUAUAUCACUGCUUCCUUCCUGGAAAUGAAUAUGUCCACAGAUAAUCCUGUGAUAAAGAAGAGCCUUAUAUGCCUUAAACAGUCCAUCAGUGAUCUUAGUAACACCUACACUACCGCUCUGCUGGCGUACGUCUUCACUCUGGCAGGGGACAUGCAGAUCCGUGCUUACCUUCUGCAGUACCUUGACACUCUGGCUAUAAGAGAAGGAGAUUUCAUCCACUGGUCUCAGACAGCAUCAGAAACAUUAGACUCUCUGUCAGUGGAGAUCAGUUCGUAUGUGCUGAUGGCCAAACUCAGUUCCCCCCUUUCUGCUGAAGACAAGAGCUACUCCUCAAGCAUUGUUAGGUGGCUGACUGUGCAGCAGAACCAAUAUGGAGGCUUCUCCUCUACCCAGGACACGGUGGUGGCUCUACAGGCUCUGGCUCAUUACUCCACUCUGGUGUUCAGUCCCCAGGGUUCGAGCACAGUGACGGUUCAGUCUUCCAGUGCCCAGCUGACAUUUGAUCUUAAUCCGGUAAACAAACUACUUUACCAGGAGAAGAUGCUGCAGGAUGUGAAAGGAAAGUUAAUCCUGGAAGUGAAAGGAACUGCAUGUGCUGCAGUGCAGGUUUCACAGUACUACAACAUCCCAACUCCUUCUAAUGUCACAACUCUGAUGCUGGAGGUUAAAUCAAGGGUUGUCUCUGCCAGCAAAAGACUUGAAGUCACUCUGCAGAUCACAUCACUAUACACUGGAAACGAGAGCAAUACCAAUAUGAUGAUCCUAAAAAUUGACCUGCUCUCUGGAUUUGUUGCAGACCCAAAGUCUUUGACGAAUCUCCGCCAAGCUGUGCUGGUGAAACUUGUUGAACACAAGAAUGAUUAUGUUCUGGUGUACUUGGAUGAGUUUUUUAGGGGUGUAACUAUCAAUCACAGCUUGGUGCUCGUACAGCAGGUCAUGGUGCAGAACCUCAAGCCAGCCAUGGUCACACUCUAUGACUACUACCAGCCAAGUAAUCGAGCUCAGAUAGACUAUAUGGUGUCCCUUUAAGAUCGAAGAGUGUACUGUGGUCCGCUGGUGAUUGGUGGUGAUUUCUUCCAAUUAAGCUUUUCACACAUUAAAUAAAUUCAGUUGUUUUUAUGUCAACAUGCAGUAUUAGU